AUGUUAAGUUUGGAUUAUAAUUUUAAGGAAGGAAAUGGAAAUAAUAACGAGAAAAAUGCGAAAAAUGAUAGUAGUGAUGAUGAAGAUACAUUUUGGUAUCAAACUUGGUUAGAAGACGGUACAGUCAAAUUAACAAAUUCUUCACGAAAAUCUUCAACAAUAUUGAAUACUAAAAAAAUGUCAUCUGAUAAAUUAGGUGAAGUUAUGAAAGUUGUUCCCAACAAAAACAAUUUAAAUGAUGAGAAAUAUUCUGGUGAGAAAACACAAUUUCAUAUAGGUACUUCUGAAAAUGAUGAUAUGUGUGAUGUAGUACAAAAUCCUUCUCAAGUAUCUCCAGAAGAACAGUCAACUGUUAUACAUGAUGAACAUCAUAUACCAAAACUACUUAAAGUUGGUGAUGGUUCUAUUAUAACAACACUUUCAGCAUCAGACUUGGCUUCUGAAGUUCAAAAACAAGCUCAAACAGCCUCAAAUAUUCCAUCACAUCCAGAUAAUGAAAGUAAAGUUUUAGUUUUGUACACUGGUGGGACAAUUGGUAUGAAAGCUCACGAUGGAGUUUAUAUACCAGAGGCAAAUUAUUUACCCAAAGCAAUUUAUCAAAUACCACAUUUGAAUGAUAGAAAUUAUGUUAAUACAUAUUAUAAUUCUUCUACAAUAAGACCAUUUACAUUACCACCAAUUAGACAUAUGCAAAAAAGAAUUGUUUAUUGGGUUGUUGAAUAUGAACCAUUAUUAGAUUCAUCAGAUAUGACUUUUGAUGAUUGGAUUAGAAUAGCUAAUGAUAUAAAAAAAUCUUAUCAUCAAUAUGAUGGUUUUGUAAUUCUUCAUGGAACUGAUACUUUAGCUUACACUGCAUGUGCAUUAAGUUUUAUGAUGGAAAAUUUAGGAAAACCUGUUGUUAUAACAGGAGCACAAAUACCUAUAUCUGAAGUUAGAAGUGAUGGUAGAGAAAAUUUUAUUGGUGCUUUAAUAGUUGCAGGAAAUAUUGAUGUACCAGAAGUUACUGUUUAUUUUAAUAAUAAACUUUUACGUGGUAACAGAUGUACAAAAUUAGAUAAUUCUGGUUUAGAAGCAUUUACUUCACCAAAUAUGUCACCAUUAGCUGAAAUGCAAAUAGAUAUAAAAGUUUCUUAUGAAAGUAUAUUUAGAAGUCAAUGUGUUGCUAAAUUUAAUGUUCAUAAUUAUUUAUGUAGAAAUAUAAAUAUUUUAAGAAUUUUUCCAUCUAUAUCAAUAGAAUCAGUCCGUGCAUCCCUUCAACCACCAGUUGAAGGAGUUGUCCUUCAAACAUUUGGAGCUGGAAAUAUGUCUUCUAAAAGAACUGAUAUUAUAGAAGAAAUAAAAAAGGCAACUGAAAGAGGUGUAAUUAUUGUAAAUGUUUCUCAAUGUUAUCGUGGAAAAGUUGAUGCAAAUUAUUUAACAGGAAAAAUAUUAUAUGAUGUUGGUGUAAUACCAGGAUCUGAUAUGACAGCUGAAGCAGCAUUAACAAAAUUGUCUUAUGUUUUAUCAAAAAAAGAAUGGGAUUUAAGGACAAAAAGAAGAAAAAUGGAAAAAAAUUUAAGAGGAGAGAUUACUGUUAGUAGUAAAAGUAAUUGUCUUUAUGAAAUUGAUAUUAUAACAAGAUUAACAAAAUUUUUAAGAAUAACUUCAUCAAAUGAAGCUAUACUUCUUAGAAGUGCAUUACUUCCACCAUUAGUUUGUUAUGGAGCUGAUACUAAUGAUAUAAAAUUAUUAGAAUCAUUAUAUGAAUCCGGUGCUAAUUUUGCGUCUGCUGAUUAUAAUCAAAAAACUGGUCUUCAUGUAGCAUGUAGUCAAGGUAACUAUGAUGCUGUAGAAUAUCUUAUUAAAUGUGGAGCAAAUGUUCAUGUAAAAGAUAUUAAUGGAGAUACACCUUUAAUAUGUGCAGUUAGAAGUAAAAAUUAUUCAUGUGUAAAAUUAUUAAGAUUAGCUGGUGCCAUUUUACCAAAUUUACCAAUGAAAAUAGGUGUUGAAUUAUGUAUGGCAGCAAGAAUGAAUGAUUUAAUUUUAUUAAAAAUAUGGCAUGAAGCUGGAGCUAAAAUGACAGAAAAAGAUUAUGCAGGUAAUACUGCUUUAGAUAUUGCUGAAAAACAAGGUGAUAUUGAAACAAUAAACUUUUUAAAAGAAGUUGUUGUUACUGAUGAAGAUGAUUAA